AUGAGCACUGUAGUGAGUACGGCGACAGCGGAUGCAGUUACGCCAUUGGAGGUAGCUGUCGACUCCACCGCACGCCUAGCAGUAGAACGGCCAAAGCCACACGACGUGUUCAGGCCAAGCGUAGAAGAUGAAGGUUGCGUCGUAUCAACACAGUGCAGCCGUGUUCCGUCGCCGCUAGGCAUAGUGGUCACUGUGUCGUCGACCGUCGGCCGGUAUCCACCGAUGCACCCCCUUGGCAUGGCCAAGCAUAUGUGCAGCAUCUGUGGCGAUCGCGCAUCCGGUAGGCACUACGGUGUUCACAGUUGUGAAGGCUGCAAGGGCUUCUUCAAACGAACCGUGCGCAAGGACCUGACGUACAGUUGUCGCGAGGCACGACAGUGUGUGAUCGACAAGCGCCAGCGCAAUCGUUGCCAGUAUUGUCGUUACCAGAAGUGCUUACUAAUGGGCAUGAAGAGGGAAGGUACGCCGUUUGCCGAAAUCGGCGAAGCGGAGAGCACCAGUAACAUACUGCCCGAUCUGCUGCUCAAUCGUGUGUUGGAGGCUGAGAUGCUACUGGAUACUUUCUCUGAUAAGGUAACUACGGGUUGGCCAUCGGCUGGCUACAUCUGUGGACCAGUGGACGAUAAAAACUUACUGCAUACGAAUAACGCCGAAUAUCGUUUGCGACAGAUGGUCGACUGGUCGAGAAUCGUUCCGCAUUUCCAAGAGUUGCCGACCGACGAUCAGGCGCUUCUGCUGCAGUCAGGCUGGAACGAGCUGAUCCUUGUUUCGAUCGCAUAUGGUCUUUCUGAAAAUAGAGGCGCGAUUCUGAUGGCAUCUCAGAGCAAAAACCGCAGCGCUGGUGAGAAAAUGAAGCUGAACGAACUCUAUAAACGCGUCAUCAAUGAGCUGACGGUGAAAAUGACCCAGCUGAAAGUGGACCGUGCCGAGCUUGGAUGUCUUCGCACGAUCAUUCUCUAUAAUCCUGAUGCAGUUGGACUUAAGAGUCCUGGUCUAGUUGAAUCCUACCGCGAAAAAGUGUACGGCUGUUUGGAAGAAUAUUGUAAACAGAGGUCUCCGAGUGAAUCAGGGAGAUUUGCCAAACUAAUGCUCCGCCUGCCUUCAAUUAGAUCCAUCGGACUUGCGUUUUUUGAUUCAAACUUUUUUAUUCCGCCGAUACCGCCAGUCAGCCAUGUGGUACAUGAGCUAAACAAUUCGUCGACGAUGACUCGGUACGCCCCACUGAGGCUGUGCUAA